UCGCCUCCAGCCUCCCAGACGGAUUCACUUAUUUAAAAAAAAAUUUGGGGAGGGGGGUAGGAGGGAGGUAAGAGGGUGUCCAACUAUCCCUUCUCACCCAACAGCCUUACACGUUGUAUUGUGAGGAGGGGAGAGGACUAAGGAGGACACCAGGAGAACCAGCACAGAAAUCAUGGUAUUUAUUUGUGGCCCUUUUUGUGGCUGUCCCCAUGGCGACAAUUUGAGAUGGGGAAAAAUGUGGGAACGGGCAGACUAAUGCCUAAUUGAAGCGCUUUGUAUUUGGACGGCGGAAUUUGAUUGGUCAACGAAGUCUCCCCUAACUACAAGGAUUCAUUCACUUUGCUCCCAAAGGUCUGGCUGGCAUCAUCCUCACAGCAGCGUACAGGUUUGUGGUGUAACGAGAUUAUCCCGCGCGGCUCUGAUACAACGAACAGGAGGAUUGGGGACAUCCGUGUCUACAUUCCUUGCUCCUGGAGUGUCAUAAUAAAUUAUUAUACAAUAUUAAUGGAAAUUUGUCACUUGGUAAAUCAUGGCAUCAGACAAUGAAGUCAAGACGCUCUUGAAUUUUGUCAACUUGGCAUCAUGUGACAUCAAGGCAGCUCUGGACAAGUCGGCUCCAUGCAGGAGAUCCGUGGAUCACCGGAAAUAUCUGCAGAAGCAGCUGAAAAGGUUUUCCCAGAAGUAUUCCAGAUUACCCAGAUGCCACUCCUCCAGCAGAACCGUGGACCUGAGGAAGGGGCUGGUGGAGAGACUGAGCUCCACCAAUCAUAGUAAAGGACUGAAUGACAAGGUGGUGGGUGCACUGGAGGCAGAGGAGUGCGUUAUGGGGGACGUGAGCUCUCAAGAGAACAGUAUGGAUGCUGGAAGGCAUGAUCAAGUGCCCAUGCGGAAAAGACAGCUGCCAGCAUCAUUUUGGGAAGAACCCAGAUCUUCCACUAACCUCCUGGACAUGCCCUGCCCUUCCAGACUAGACAUCAUAUACAAAGAGAGAACCGAGACCUCCCUUCCCGUUUAUGAAAGUAAAAAGGUAAAAAAUGUACUAAUCCCAAACAAAUCCCCUGUCCUCUGUACCCACCCCUCAGGAGAUAAGGAGAAGGUGCCACCUAUAACCUCCUUCACUGAACGGGUCAAUGCCUGCAAUUGCUGCCCUCUUCAGUACCAUGGACAGCAGGUCUUGUACCAGCACAGCCAUGGGGUCCACCUACACCCCAACCCAUUUACCACCCUAGCAGUAUGGAGUAAAAAUACAACAGCGCCCACGGUGGAAAUUCAGCACUUGUGUAAAGAUUCAGGGCAGAGACUAUAUAGACAUGUUGUUCUCAAGCCUAUACCAACCAAGCCCGCUAUGCCACCUUCUAUUUUUAAUGUUUUUGGAUAUAUUUGAUUGAAAUUUGGACCUGAACGAUAUUUAUUAUGGAUCCUUAUAACAUAUGCCAAGAGAUGAGCAGAAACGACCUUCCAAAAAAGUUCUAGGUCUUGAAGGACAUAAAAGUUUCAUCAUGAAGGUUUCCAUCAAGAUAUAUUUUUUUUACCUAAUUCUUAGAGAAACUUCCAAAUGUUAUAGGAACUGAUGAAGGCAACAUGGUCUGAAUUCUUUCGGGUCGUGGAUAUUGCCAUGCUAAGUUAAACUGGAGGAAGAUGGUAAAAUUGCCUUAAUAGUUUGCAAUUUUUUGGCCUCCAAGAAAUAGUGGAAUGAGUUGAUACAUACGGCUAAUAAUGUAUUUGCUCCCCUACUUGUAGACAGAUGGAUGGAUAUGUGACUCUCCGUACUCCUUAUGAUGGAGGCAGAGGGUCAAAUUGGGCUUAGUGUUUGCCCCCCUUAGAGCAGUCCUUGUAACCAGAGCAAAGUUUACUGUGAUGUUUCUGAUGCCCAAUUUUUAUUACAUUCUGCGUAGUGAGCAGUGAAUCAAUU